CCCUUCUCCUUCCCCUCGCAUCGAGCAUCUCCAUAGAAACCCCCCGAACCCUCCCGCGAUGGCCGGUGAUUAUGCGGACGCCUCCGGCGCCGGCGGCGCCGGCGGCGGCGACGGCGACGGCGGAGGUGGCGGCGGAGCCCUAUCGCCUCUCUCCAUCUUCCUCCUCGUCGCCGCCCUGCAACUCCUCGAUGGAUUCGUCGAUCUCCUCAAAAAGAGGGGAUCGAGGAGCAGUGAACAACUUAAACUGCGACAGGAAAUCAAACAACUUUUGAAAGACGCCAGCUCCCUAUCAACGCCUUCGACAUUUGCCCAAGCUGCUAAACUUAGGCGGCUGGCUGCAGCUAAAGAGAAGGAACUAGCAAAAAAGCAGGAGGAGGAUAAUAAGGAAAAGAAAUGGUCAUAUGAUCUAUACUCGAGAACUCUAAUGAUCUCUAAGGUGCUGAUCUAUGCUUCACUCGUUUGGCGGUACUGGGGUGUUCCUGUAGCAGCAGUUCCUCAACAUCUACUGCAACCGCUCGGGAGGAUAUUUUCCUGGGGAGCUAGAGAUUCUGCCACUGGCGUAGUUAUGGUAGGGAUAAUUCCAUGGCUAGUUUUGACUUCGCGAGUAAGCAAGUAUUUGUAUCAGAAGUUCUCAGAAUGUCUUCUUCAAGGCUUGCUCGAUGCGCGGAAAUAAUUUGUUGAUCUUUCUUAAGAUUUUCGUGUUGUUUAACUCUCCGAUGUAAAACUCUGUGCUCACCUUUUGUUUUUUUUUUCCUCUCAUUUUAAAAUGCAUUUCUUUUUUGUGCGUUCAAACUAAUAACUAAAAAUAGAAUAAAAAUUAAUUCGUUC